AUGAAGUUGGCAGCCUUCCCCAAAGCCUUUGGUCUGAUGGAAUUGAAAAAGGGAUAUUUCCCCCAUUAUUUCAACAUCCAAGAACAUCAAAACUACCAUGGACCAUUUCCAGACCCAGAGAUGUAUGGUGCCAACUACAUGGGAUCCAAGGAGAGAUCAGAAUUUCUGAAGUGGCAUGCCGAACAACAGGGUAUGUUCGAAUUUCAAAAAGAAAUGAAAGAGUAUUGUGUCUCGGAUGUGUCUGUUCUCCGGGAGGCCUGCUUAAAAUUCCAAAAGCUCAUGCUCGAAGCUACUGGUGAAAAGCAGAUCGACCUUGACACCGACGCUGUCAGCUACAUCAAUGGCAUCGAUCCUUUUGCUCAUUACAUCACUAUAGCUUCGGUUUGUAUGGGCAUCUUUCAAAGCAAAUUUCUGAAAGAACACCAGCAUGCCAAACUCACAGAUGGUCAACAGAUCACGGACUGGAUGACGGUCAGAGAGGAUGGAUCCAUCAAGGUAAAACCUGAUUUGUGGAUGACUGAAGAAGAGCUGAGAAAUCGUGGGAUGACCAUAGCUGAAUCUGACACUGUGCCUAGUCCCAUAGCCCAAGUUCCAAGCAGUGGCUAUACAAGAAAAGACCAAUUCAGCAAAGUAUCUAUACAGUGGUUGGAAUGGGUUCAACACCAAAAUCCUAUUAAAUACCAGAUGCAGCAUGCUCUUAAUGGCGGUGAACAUCUGGUACCAGACACCCAUUAUCGACUAGAUGGCUACUGUGUUAAAACAAACACGGCAUUCGAGUUUUAUGGUUGUUUGUGGCAUGGCUGUCGCCAAUGUUUCCCACAUGAGCGUUCUACCACAACACAUCCAAGAACCAAACAAUCCAUAGAAGAACUGUAUGCCUUGACAUGUAGAAAGAGGGAAGAACUCAAAGCCAAGGGAUACAAAGUCAUAGAAAUUUGGGAACAUCAAUUCCACCAUCUCCUAAAGUCAAACCCAGAGCUGAAACAAUUUGUGAACUCUUUGGAUCUUCAAGACCGUCUCCAUCCAAGGGACUCAUUCUUUGGAGGAAGAACGAAUGCAAGCACGUUGCACUACAAAGCAGAAGAAGGGGAAGAAAUCAAGUAUGUGGAUUUCACAUCUCUGUAUCCGUGGGUCAACAAAUAUUGCCAGUAUCCCGUGGGACAUCCUCAGAUCAUUCAUAAGGAUUUUAAGCCAUUGGAUGAAUACUUUGGCAUCGCCAAGGUGAAAGUGUCACCGCCCAGAAAACUUUACCAUCCUGUCCUACCUUACCGUUCCAAUGGAAAACUCAAGUUUCCACUGUGCAGAACAUGUUCGGAUCAGGAAUCACAGACGCCAUGUCACCAUUGUGAUGACGAGAGAAGCAUUAUUGGAACCUGGUGCCUUCCCGAAAUACUCAAGGCUAUGGAGAAGGGAUAUCGAGUCAUUAGAGUGUACGAAGUCUAUCACUGGGCUGAAACGACCCAGUACGAGCCAGCAACGCGUGAAGGUGGUCUCUUUGCCGA